AUGGCUUGUUUCAAUGGAAGUUCAGUGGUGCUGCUAAUCACCAUGACACUUUUCUUGCUCACCAUGACCCCCAAGUGUGGUGCAGUGAAGACAAGGCAUGUGAGAGUCACAAGUGAGUUAGAGGGAGGCUUGACCCUCACCGUUCACUGUAAAUCCAAGGACGAUGAUCUCGGCUUCCAUGUGCUCCAACCUAAGGGUUCGUAUGAAUUCAGCUUUAAACCUAAUAUCUUCACCACAUCGACAUUAUUCUUCUGCAGUUUUGAAUGGCCAGGUGCAUUUCAUUGGUUCGAUAUAUACGUUGACCAAAGAGAUAACAAAAUUUGUAGCAAAUGUCAUUGGGUUGUAUAUGAAGAUGGGCCAUGCAUGUAUAACUGGAGCGACCAACAGUAUAAUAUAUGCCAUACCUGGAAUUAA